UGCCGUGUUCCGCGCAUGUGCAGUCGCGUGAGCAGCAUGGCCGCGGUCAGCAGUGUGGAGUGGCUGAGGAGUAUGAGAGGAGUGAUUCUAGACAUGUGUGGAGUUCUGUAUGAUAGCGGAGAGGGAGGAGGACAGGCCAUACACGGAUCUGUAGAAGCAGUGAGGAGGCUGAUAGAUUCCGGUCUGACGGUGCGUUUCUGCACUAAUGAGACUCAGAACACGCGUGAGAGGUUCGUGCAGAAGCUGCGUGUGAUGGGCUUCGACAUCAGCGUCAGUCACGUGUUCUCCCCCGCACCAGCACUCAUUCACAUCCUCAGAGAGAGACACCUGCGGCCACACCUGCUGGUGCAUGAUGAUCUGAUCCCGGAGUUUGACGGUGUGGACAUGAGUUCUCCAAACUGUGUUGUCAUCGGAGACGCUGCAGAUAACUUCUCCUACCAGAACCUGAAUGAAGCCUUCCGUGUUCUGAUUGGCCUGGACAAACCGCUGCUGUUCUCGCUGGGUCAAGGACGCUACUAUAAGGAGACGGACGGCCUGAAGCUGGACGUGGGUGUGUUUAUGAAAGCGCUGGAGUACGCAUGUGACGUCCAGGCCGAUGUGGUGGGAAAACCAUCCGCUGAGUUCUUCCAGACGGUCCUCAGUGACAUGAAGCUCCAGCCGCACGAGGUUGUGAUGAUAGGUGAUGAUCUGCUCAAUGAUGUCGGUGGAGCUCAGCGCUGCGGGAUGAAGGGUCUUCAGGUCAGAACCGGCAAAUACAGGCCGAGCGACGAGCAGCACCCGAGCGUGAGAGCUGAUGCUUACAUGGACGACCUCUCCGCCGCAGUGAAUGCCAUCCUGACCGAUCACUGACCGAACACUGACCCAUCACUGACCGAACACUGACCCAUCACUGACCCAUCACUGACCGAUCACUGACCGAACACUGACCCAUCACUGACCGAACACUUACCGAACACUGACCGAUCAGGACACGACUCUAGAGAUCUCAAUGCAUAAUAAACUCAGUAACACUUCACUAUAAUUAAUUAUAGAGGUUUCAUAAUGUAUAUUAUAAUUCAUUGUAUCUUUCCAUGAGUAAAUGUAACCUUGUUUUGUCAUGUUUUUAGUACAUUAUACUUUCUAAUGGUGGAACAAUGACUAAAGUAUUAUAACUGUUGUUGCAAUUAUUCAUGGGAUCCUACAUUGCAUUAUAAGCCACAUAAUUAAUGCAUUAAAAUUACUUUAUAAUGCAUUAUAUAUAAAAGUUUUAGAAAAAGUGUUGCUGCAUUAUUUUGAGGACUGUUAAAUUUUUUGUGUGUAUUUCCAUACAUGCUAAUUUUCCUGUCUUCACACUAUGGUCGUUUUGAACUUCACUCACCAUGCUCAAUAAAAGACAUUAUUUUUGCAUUGA